GCCCUCAGCAUCGGCCUGGGCAUCGGCCUCCACCGCCUCCUCAGCGUCGAUAGCGGCGCCUUCUUCUUCGUCAUCGCCAUCUUCCUCACCCUUUUCAACACCGCAACCCCUGUGGUUAUCCGCGCCCUCGACGAGCUCAAGCUCGCCAUGACCGACAUCGGUCGGCUGGCGAUAUCCACAGCGCUCGUCACGGACCUCGUGUGCGUCGUAAUGUUGUCCGUGAUAGACUUUAACGUCUGGAACACGCUGUCAGCUGUCAAGAACCACAUCGUGUCCCGAUUUAUUGUAGCUGCUCUCUACCUUUCGGUACUCGCGACCGCCAUCUACUUGAUGAGGCUCGGCGUGAACGCGCUGAACAAGCGAGACAUGCACAGGAACGAGGUCGAAGAUGACAUGGUUUUCUACCUCCUGAUCAUCCUAUUCCUGGUGACGUGGUUCGUGCGACGUACCGGAUUGGACCCCAUCCUUGGGGCGUUCGUGCUCGGGAUGGCGAUGCCGAGGGAAGGGCCCACGGCGAGGACGAUGGUCCAUCACUUGACAUUCCUCGUGCAUAGUUUGAUAUUGCCGGUGUUUUUCGGCCUCGCGGGGCUGCAGUUCGACUUUGGCCUGUUGAAUCACAAGGAGGCGGUGAUCAUGGUGGCGCUCGUGGUGUCGCUCGGGAUGGCCGGAAAGAUCGGAGGAACGAUGAUUGGAGCGAAGUUUCUAGGCAUACCGGUGCAAGACGGCUUGGUCCUCUCGCUGCUGUUGAAUGUCAAAGGAUACAUUGAUCUUGUGGUCGUCCAGGCGGGACGAAAGAAUCAGAUCUUUGGUGACAAGACCUACAUGGCGCUCCUCCUAUCCCUAUUCAUCAACAACGUAAUUGCAUCUCCAAUGAACGGCCGCCCGUCGUCCGUCGACAGAACCGCUGAAAAGAAUGGAUACGAGUUCAACAGCAUCGAAGACCUCGACCCUGAGGGCGAGCUCCGGAUGGCUAGCUGCGUCCACACGCCUCACGACCUCCGCACCGUCAUGGACCUCAUCGAGAUCUUCCCGGCGCCCCCAGCCCCGCCACCUCACCCCGUGAUCCUCACCUCCGGGAACUCGCCCACACCGCCACCGCCAACGACAUGCUCACACCAAGCCAAGAGGAAAACGGUACCAAUGCCGAUGCUGUACAGGUCAACUUUGCAAUCGACACCUUCAUCAGGGGACACGUCAAUCCACCGUCCGUCGGGGAGCAGCCGCUUCGUCCCUCGGCAGCAUGCACAAGGACCUGGACUACGCGGUACAAAAUGCACGCGUGCGAUCGCUGAUACCGUUGCACUGCAAGCGGCGUUUCGAUGGCGUGUCACCGCGCUGCUGUCUCUGUCGCCAGAGAGUAUGAUGGUGCACGUGGUGGUGGUUUUCUUGGCGGGGCUGACGGAUAGGGAGGCGGCGGCGUACGCAGCCAGAUUGGCGAGGGCAUUCGAGCGUGAGGGUGACAAUGGUAGGUUCAUGGCGACGGCGCAGCGACGGGCUCGAAUCGCAGCGAGGACGAGGUUGAGGCUGGAUGUGGAGGAGGGCGAUGAUCGGGAUGAGGUUUUCAUUGCUAAUUUCUUUAACAGAUUUGUUGUGAAUGGCGCCGUAACAUAUGUGGAGAGAACAGUAGGAACUUCAUCAGAUUUCAUAAAAAUGUUGUCAUCCAUGGAGCAAAUAUACUCAUUAUACAUUGUGGGGAGGAAAGUGCAAGGGCCGGCAGCAAGACUAACAGCAGGGAUGAGCAGCUGGGAAGAGAAUCCAGAGUUAGGAUCAGUAGGAGAUCUGCUUGCUUCUUCAGAUUUCUCAUUAAAUGGCUCUGUAUUGGUUAUCCAACAAUUUGAUUUUACAACUUCCUGACGAUCUUGUAAUUAGUGCCCUAGUGGGGAUUUUCUUUCUCCAUUAAUGUACGGUCUUGUCAUGAAGAAGUCGCAGUGUAAAACUCAAAUCCCAACACAAUUUAUUCCCUUUUAAUCCA